UAAAUAAUUUGUUUGUCUUUCCUUGUUGCUUUGUUGCUCAUUUUCUCAUUUUCGCUGCCAUUUGUUGUCAUCACAAUGGUGGUCAGUCCCUCCUCACCUCCUGCUUUAUUUCUAGCACAGCACAGAUAGUAUCAGUAAUCUACUGAUGACAUGAUGUGUGGUGACUGGAGUUUGGCGUCGUGUCAGAGCUCAGCCAACAGUGACUGUCAUUCACUGGUCGGGCUUACGUGUGGCGAACAUAAUGAGUGACUCUACUGAUGGGCAGCAAACAGGUGCUGGCUGACGAUGAGUUUGUGUAACUUACGAUGGCUCUGUUCGUGUGAGUGAUGUCAUCACCCGAUGGUGCUGAUGUCACUUGUGUUUUUUUACUUUUAUUUAUUUUCCAGAGAAGAAGGCUGUCGAGCUGUCUGGGUGUGAGAGCUGCUGACAAGCCGUCCUGCAGAGCUUCUGUCUUCUUUUAACCAUCAGCAUUUCACGAGGUCUAUGGUCCAACGUUGAACAGGGAUCAUGUGGUGUUUGGAGCUGCUCUUACCGCUGCUGUUGAUCAUCAACGAUGCCAGCUGCCAGUGGAAUGUUUGGGUACCCCGGGACAUCUCGGCCAUGACAAACUCCUGUGUGGUCAUUCCAUGCACCUUCAUAUAUCCGUCUGGCAUCAGGCCGUACCGUGGCGUUCACGGUAUCUGGUACUUUGGCCAGCCGUACCCUCAACUCUUCCCUCCUGUUGUCUUCAAAACACGCACAGACAUCGUGCACGAGAGCUACAAGGGACGCACCAAGCUGCUGGGGGACCUGCACCAGAGGAACUGCACCCUGCUCAUCAACAACAUCGGCACAGAGCACUCAGGGAGAUACUACUUUCGUGCUGACCUUGGUGGAGCUAACAUGUACACCUUCCCAGACUUUGCUGAGCUCAAAGUUCUGGAUCAGCCCAACAUCGACGUCCCAGAGGAGAUUGUCAGCGAUGAGAGUCUGGAGCUUACAUGCUACGCUCCAGACAACUGCCCCGACAUGACUCCGGAGAUCCAGUGGAUGUACACAGACUACCUGCCGGACCCGGAGUUUAGCUCUGACUACCUGGAGGACAGCAACACGGCGGUACUCUCCAGCACCCUCACCUUCACGCCCAGACCCAUGCACAACGGGCAGCUCCUGGGCUGCAGGGUCUACUACCCCAACACCACUCUGGUCUAUGAGAGGCUCAUCUCUCUAGACAUCAAGUAUGCCCCACGCUCUGUUUGGGUGAACGUGUCCUCGGAGGUGAUGGAGGGCAGCUCUGUGACGCUGCACUGCGAGGUGGACAGUAAUCCUCCUCCCAGGAUCUCGUGGAAGUUCGGAGACCAGGAGCUUCUGUGGGACACGGCGUCCAACGUCUCCCUCUCCCUGGACGACGUGACACCUGAACAUGAGGGAAUCUACACCUGCAUUGGGGAUAAUGGCUAUGGCAUCAUGAACACGUCCUUGUACCUGGCUGUCAAGUACCCUCCCCGCGAGCCCCUCGUUAAUGACUCUAUGACUGUACAAGAGGGAACCUCACUGGCCCUGCACUGUAGCACCCAGGGCAGCCCCGCCCCGACCCUCACCUGGCUGAAGGACGGGGAGCUGGUGGGCACCAUCACCGCUGACGAGCUGUCAGUGCUGGAGAUCGUAGAGAUCACACCGCAUGGAGACGGACAGUACCGCUGCCUGGCCGAGAACGAGCACGGACGAGCCAGCAGCUCCCUCAACAUCACCGUGGAGUAUGCUCCAGUCUUUCUGGAGGAGUCAAAGUGCACGGUGGUGAGGGAGGGUGUCCAGUGUGUCUGCAUGGCCACGGGAAACCCUGAACCCACCAUCGAGUUCUACCUGCCCGACCUGAACGUCACCAUCAACGAAACAGACGGCCGGUACAACUUCUACACCCACACGGACGGACACACCUCCACGGGUAUGAUCAAGCUGCGGGAGAAAGGCGAGCGGGUCGACAACGGCCCUGCAGUCAACGUCCACUGCAGCAUCUCCAACAUGUAUGGAAGAGAGAGCGUACACCUGGAGCUGCAGCAGGAGAAAAAGUACAUGAUGGCAGUUAUAGUUGGCACCAUUGGAGGAGUGGCCGUCAUAGCCUUCAUCAUUGCAGCAGUGAGAUACGUUGGCCACAACAACAAAAAAGAGAAUGGCAACCCUAGGCAGGACGUGGUCCUGGAGAACCCAGCUUUGUACUACAGCGCAGUCAAGAAGGACAAACAAAAUCUGAGGAAGAAAGUGCUUAAGACAGAGCUGUUGGGCUCAAAGUUUAACUCCAUUCUAGAGGAGACUACGGGAGAAGACGGGGAUUAUCAACCUGUGGGCUCGAUGGCAAGACUGGAGAGGCAAGAGCUGAAUUAUGCUGCUCUGGAGUUUAUCGGGGCCCGGCCCAGGGAGGGGGCCUCAGGGAGGGGGGAUGAUGGCAGCAACUACACAGAAAUCAAAGCCAAAUGAAUCGCGAUCCUUCCCUGAUCCCUCGGCUAUGCGAGACGCAGUGGCAACCCCAACACAUCAUCUGCCCCAUAAACUGUAAUAACCCGCCUUCCUCCUCUGGAUCUGACCCUGCACACAGUGACUCUUCAUCUCCCAUCUCCUCAGAUUUGUCACGUAUGAUGUACCAUUCAGUGCUGCCCCUCCUCCAUGGGACACCCCAUUCACACGCCAUUAUUUGGGAAAAAUGAUACUUUUUUGGGUCAGACCAUGACCCACUGGACAAUGCAAAAGGAAUGGUUUAAGUUUCUCGCCUCAGCUGUUGUACGUGGGCUCUAAAACAUGCAGUGUUAACCAGCGACCAUGAUUUUGUUGCUUUCUCCAUAUUCUUCAUUACGGUUGUUGGUGUUAUUUUCAAAUGGCACCUGAGUGCUUGCAUACGUCUCAUUACUUGUUCUACACCCGUCACUUGUAACAUCACUGUGUCUGCUGCCAGUCGAAGCAUCAGGGCAAGGAGUCAUUGUGUUUUUGUUCUCUUAUAUUUAUGUGUCUGUCUGCUGAGAGCAAACCUCUCCCCUCUUUCCUGUGGUUAGUUACAUCCCAAGAAGGAAACCGACUGAGGCCGAGAGAUGGAAACUCAUCUCAGCAUCUUGUUUCCACCUUGUUGUAUUUAAUGCGACUCGUUAGCCUCUCGUAAUAAAUGAAAAAAUAAAAGGUCAUCAUUUUUGAUAAUAAUUGAUGAAGUUUUGGAAAUUCAAGUGGUCUACGGUCCAGUUCAGAAGAAUAUCACAGCUUCUUUUCAGCAUUUUGCAGUUAACUGCAGAAUGUGUCGAGAUUUUUGGGUAUUUCCUGCACUGUGGCAAAAUGUCCACCUCAUCCUCUACGUCUUCUCCUAAAACGUGGGUGCUCGCGCUCCCAUCGAUCUAGAAAAUUCAGACCUAAAGUAUGACAUUUUUGUGAGUGAACGGCCAAAGUGUUAUCUCUUUUAGACAAUGUGUGCGUGCGUGUAUUUGUGUGCGUGCGCGUAUUUGUGUGUGUGUUCAAAUCGUGCUGAGAGGUCACAGGAAACUGUUCACUGGGGUUUUUUGGGAAGUUUGAGCAUCACAUCACUUGAGAGGUUGAUGCUUCAUUCUCAUUGGGUUGCAUCGCAUGUUUGAAUGACAAAAAGAGAUGCUGACCAGUUGGUUGUGCUAUUCAAAGACAUUUGACUCUCUGGUGAUGUAAUAUGAAAGCGCACUAAUAGUCUAACUUGAUAAUGAUGGUGUUGAUAAUAUAUAUUAAUAAGAUGUAUAUUGAUUGGGAAAGAGAUGUCAGUAUGUACAGUAAAUAUGCUGCACGACUGUUUUUAGCCAGCAGGCACACAUAUGAGUAUAAAAUUAUGAAUAUAAGCCAGUGCGGGAAGUAAAAAACAGCUUUAUCACACAUCACUGAAAUAUUUUUGACUGAACUCUGUCUUAAUAUGAGCUUGGUAAAUAGUACCAACGUCUAAUUAGAAGUGUGCACUAUUGUCAAAGUCAAAUCAGAGGCUACGUUUACAUGCAGGGAGUAACAUUGUUAUUAACCGUCACUGCAGUUCAUUUAAAAAUAUAAAACCUGCUGUGUCCUAACCAUCAGAAAGGAACUUUAGUAGUGCAGUUUAACAUGAAAAUGAAUGACUCCGACCCAUUUGCCAGAAAUAAAUGUUGGCUAUAUGUGUCUGAAAACCAGGGAUUGUGUUGAAACUUUUUUUACAUGUUACUUUUUAUUUAUGUUGUGACAAUGCUGUGCUUAAGGUUCAGUUUAGGCGCUAAAACACUUGAUUAAAGAUACUAAAAGAUUGUGUUUUGCCUUAAGAUACCCGGUUUUGUGGAGCCACACAGGACUCUCCUGUACCCAAAAUAUCCACUGUGACUGCCACAAUGGCUGCUGCAAAAUAUCUCAUGGGUCACUAAAGGAACAAAGUCACUUCAUGUGCAAUGUUGCUGGCAUAUGAAAUGUGCAAAGCUAGCAUAUCCGUGAUUUGCAGACACGUACGUUUUCAGUCUGGCGUGUGUUCUGGCGAUUUACAAGGGACAGAUUAAAAAUAUGAUCAAAAUAAAAGCAAAAGAGGCCAAGAUUUUCUGAUGUUUAGUCAACAUUAUCGGUCAAGUUCCAAACCCCCUGAUCCUACGUUUCCUACAACCUAUAGCAUCUUCUGUUAGACUGCCCCCUGCCUGCUAACGUGCCAAAUUUGUAACUCUGCUUACUGUUUCACUGUAGUCCAAGUUCAAGUCGAGAUAACCCUGAUGAUGUCUUCAUGAAGCUUCUCCAGAGCCAUGUUUCAGGAUGAUCUGUACUCCACCAAUACUGGCUUUAAUGCUAGCAGGUCAGAGAGUCCCCUUUUAUACCAAGAGCCUGAACCCAACAAUGAAGCCACCACUGAGCUUCUGCCACUUGCAGUUCAUACAUCUAAAUAAAUUAACCCAUAGACACACAGCAGCCUUCAUUGCUUAACACGGUCUCCCAUUUUAAGUAAGAUGACAGGAAUUGAUUGGUUGUCAUAAGAAAUGAGUCUAUUUUCACUUUCCUUCAGUUACACGUGUAGUGAAAAUGCAAAGAUUUAUGCACAUUGUGUGCUGAAUGAUUUCAACAGUGUAUACGAAAGUCAUGAUAAUUCGUUUUGUUGUUGAAGUGAAUCAUGGAAAACGGUUAUUUAGUCAGUUUUCUGAUUAAUAAUUUCUAAAAUAUGGAAAGUAGCAGCAACACUUUGACUUUACAGAAUCACUGAGUCGAGUCGAGUCCACCGACUUUGGCAGAAAGUGCAAAGUCUCGCUGGAGAUGUGCACCGACCUCUUCUUGAAGACUGAAUUUACUUUUCAUACAUUUGCUCCGAAUAAGGUUUUGUGAGCAUGUUAGGAAACCACACCAUACUGUGGCGAAUGAUGGAUUAGAGUCAUUAGGGCAGCAGCGUGUUUCUUUCACAAUCGGUAGGAGUGCAAAAUACAGCAAAGGCCUCUUACUGCUUACUGCUAACACCACUUAUGUGUAGGCUGUUCGCAGGCAGCGGUAACAAUAUGAAAACAACAAAAUGACACUCUGAGGAGUACUUCAGUUUAAACCUCUCUCUGCCCAAACCCAAGCUGAAUAAACCUUGUUGGCGAAGCCUCAUGUUGCCUCCGACACAAGACUAAGAUAAGAUGACGUAUGGGACCGUUUUACCGACAACAAAACAUACCCGUCAUGCUCUGCUGUGCAUGUCUAAGUGUUUUUAACUAUUCCUAAGCUUCUUUUAUCCCCUGAUAAGCGUAGCAACAUUGGAAAGAAGUUCUUUGUCUUUUCCUGCCUCAAAUUGUGUUUAGACAUUAAACACACAGAGUGCGGAAAAAUGAGCCAACUUUGUGUUGAAUCUGACAGAAAAUGCCAGACUGAAACAAACCUGCAAAAUUUAUUGGUAUCUGUUACAAAAAGGUGGGUAUUUUGAGUUUUAUUUACACACUCCAAAGCCAGACAGGUUAAAACUCAGUUCUCUGUGCAUGUAAACUGUCCAGUCUUACUCAAAUUAUCCUUCUAUUAAGACACUGUUCUGUCAGCUUAAUGAUGGAGGGUCCCAGAUAUGCUGGCUAGCAUUCUUAAAUAUUUCCCGUAUGCACAAAGUCAAUAACCAGUUUAUGUCAUUGAACGCCUGGGUGGGGUUGUUGUUUUUUUAUUACUGUUUUUUUUUUUUUUUUUAGAAAUAUCAAAUAUGUUUUCCUAAUCUUUUGUCACAGUGUGUUGUAAAGCCAAUGUACGUAUGUCCUCUGCUUUGUGGUGAUCAUAAUUAUCAUUAGAGGAGAUUUUGUUUUUUGCAUACAUGAUUGACACAAUAAUUCCGAUCAGGGUUUUGCAAUUUCUCUGCAAAUUUAAUGAAAGUAAGAGUUCUGCGAUGGUGUCGUUUGCCUGCUCUUUCAUGCCUCAAGCAAAUUCGUCUGUCUUCAGUUCCGCGCAAACAUCAAUAAAAUGAAAACAACACGG